AUGUCUCUGCCCGGCCGCUGGACAGUUCGAACUCUGGGCUUCCUGCUGUUGCUCCAGGCUGCUGCUGCCAGAAGCUUCUGGAAACAGGCGCUGCGUGAGGGACGGGCAGAGGAGCCCCACGAUGAGCCUCACGCUGACCACUGCCCGCCACCCCCGCAGUCCCUGCCCGUGGGCGCCUGCCAGGCUGAGCGCUGUCAGGCAGACGCCGAGUGCUCCCCGCCCCAGCGCUGCUGCUACAAUGGCUGUGCCUUCGCCUGCCUGGAGACUGUCCCGGACCCCCCAGUCUUAGACUGGCUGGUGCAGCCGAAACCUCGAUGGCUCGGCGGGAACGUCUGGCUGCUGGACGGGCCGGAGGAGACGCUGCCAGCCGAGGCCUGCAGCACCACGGAGGACGGGGCCGAGCCGCUCCGCUGCCCCUCGGGCUACGAGUGCCACAUCCUGAGCCCGGGCGAUGCGGCCCGGGGGGUCCCCAACCGCGGGCAGUGCGUGAAGCAGCCGCCAGAUGCUGGUGAGCGCGCCCCGGAGACCCUGGCCCACCUGAGAGGACGUCCUCGGCACCUGGCGCUGAACUCCGGAGCAGCCGCGUGA